AUCGGACGCGAGCCAGCUGUUCACCCCCGGGAGGGAGAGAGGAGCAGCAGGACCAUGAGUAAGGUGGCGUAUCAUGACGACCUCGAAUUUCCCUUCUGCGACGAUGUAAUCAAAUAUGAGAAGCUUGCAAAGAUCGGCCAAGGGACAUUUGGGGAGGUAUUCAAGGCACGGGACAGGAGGACGGGCAAAGUUGUAGCACUUAAGAAGAUUCUUAUGGAAAAUGAGAAAGAAGGGUUUCCUAUCACUGCUCUACGAGAAAUAAGAAUUUUGAAGCUGUUGCGGCAUGAAAAUGUUGUAAAUCUUUUAGAAAUAGCUCGUACUAAAGGACCUCCACCUCCAGGCCUUCAGAAACCUGUCAAAGCAACACCGCACAUGUCUAGUCUCUCCACUUUCUUCUUGGUGUUUGAAUUCUGUGAACAUGACUUGGCUGGUCUACUCUCCAACGUCAAUGUGAAAUUCAACCUCGGUGAAAUUAAAAAGGUAAUGCAGCAGCUGCUUAAUGGUCUGUAUUACAUUCACUCCAACAAGAUACUCCACAGAGAUCUAAAGGCUUCUAAUGUCCUCAUCACGAAAAAUGGAGUUUUGAAAUUGGCAGAUUUUGGUCUGGCACGAGCAUUCAGCACCAGCAGACAGGGACCAAACAGGUAUACAAAUCGUGUUGUCACCUUGUGGUACCGGCCUCCAGAGCUGCUCCUUGGAGAGAGAAACUACGGCCCACCAGUGGAUAUGUGGGGUGCUGGCUGCAUCAUGGCAGAAAUGUGGACUCGCACUCCAAUACUACAGGGAAGUACAGAGCAACACCAGCUAGCACUCAUAACCAAGCUCUGUGGGUCUAUCACUCCUGAAGUCUGGCCUCUAGUAGAAAAUUAUGAGUUGUAUAACAAGAUGGAGCUGGUCAAAGGACAGCAGCGACGAGUGUGUGAAAGACUAAAGCAUUAUGUUAGGGAUGGUCUGGCUUUGGACUUGUUAGACAAACUUCUCACUUUAGAUCCGAGUAAAAGGGUAGAUUCGUCCACUGCCUUGGAUCACGACUUCUUCUGGAAUGACCCCAUGCCGGGAGAUUUGUCAAAAAUGCUGUCACAGCACACGCAGAGUAUGUUUGAAUACUUAGCACCUGCAAGAAGACCUGGAGCUUCAAACCGGCCUGUCAUUCAGCCUAGACAACCUGAUAAUGUUUCCUCCUAUCAAGAACGUGUAUAUUGAGAUUAUUUUUAGGAAAUACAUUGAUAUUUAUAUGUGCACCGUUAUCUUAACUUAAGAGCUGAAUAAUUUUUGAUGGAUAAUUAUGAAGAGCUUAAUGUGUUUCACAGAACUAUUACUUGACUCUCCACCUAUAUUGGACAAUAUUGAUGCAAUAAAGGAUUAUGUGGGAGAAGGCAACCCAACCAAGUGACGAGCUUCAGUAAUUGUUUACAAGUGGAUAUUUUAUGAAUCUACUGUUGUGAUAAAGAAACAAAGCAACUCUUUCUGGGUGUGCUAACAUGUGAAGCAGUACAGGGGCAUGAUUUGAUGUACCAAAUGAUUUUACAGUAUUCAUAUUAUUUGACCAUUUUUUAUAUGAAGUUAAAUGACUGGUAUUAACCCUCUUACACACCACAGUUUAUUGAAGUCAUCAAGAAAUUUGGAUUAAAUGUUUAUUUCACAAAAAUGUAUAGUUAUGGAAAUGACUAGCAAGCAUUGGUUGUAGCUGUGACCUAUGGCCAAUACAGUAGUUAGAUUUUAUUUUUUAAUGUGUCAUUUUGCAUAAGUCGAGAGAAAAAGAAAUAAAUGGUUUAUGAUUUUAUUAUUUUUGGUAAAAAUUAACCUACCAGUUUUGUAAUGUCAGCCACAACUAAUGAGCCUUGGUAGAAUGGUCUUCAGCUUAGAGAGAGAGAGUGAGCAUAAGGUGCCAAAAAAAAAUGCAGUUCAGAUUUGUGGUAUGUUAGAGGGAAUACCUUUGUACUAGUCAUGCCAUCAAGAAUUAUAGUAUGCAAGUUAUUACAUUUUUUGUAUUUUAAUACAGCAAGUCAUCAUUAAGAAAAUUAAAACUACAACUCCCAACUAUAUCAGAAACCAAUGUGAGCUAACGUCAUGUUUUUAAAAUUUGUAUCUGUCAUGUACAGGCAUGCUACUGAAAUAUAAUGAUGUCAUACUUAGUCCUCGCAUGAAUUCAGUUGUGGUUAUUUCAUACUUUCACAUUCCCUGUUAGUCUGCUUCCAGUAAUUUAAUAUUGUGACUCUGUAUGAUGUUACAUGUUCCUAAUACUUGAUGUGUAAGGACUUUGGAACUCAGUACUGAAGUAUAUGUAUACACACAGGUGAAAAUUAGCCUUUGCUGUAAAUGUUUAGUACCUAUGAACCUGGUAGAUCAUACAGCUGUACCAGAUGGACCAGACAACACUAGUAUUUGUGUUCAAUGUAAUGAUAGUCACAGUAGUAAUAGUUACAAUAGUAAAGAAGGAUGGGCAUGGCAGCAAAACGCUGCCAUUAUUUGACUCAACACUCGUUGUUAUAGCAAUGGAAUGAUGAUGUCACGUUAUCAACAUAGAUACUGCUGUUCAGAACACUUUAGUAACAUAGUAUUGAAUGUAUUAGGCACAUUGGAAUGAAAUGUGUAUUCACCUGUGGUCAAAACUGUCAGACGAGUGGGUCCUCAGUCUACAAUCAAAUUGAAAAAGGCAAUGAGUUUUAGGUUCUGGAGAGCUUGAACAGUAUUUCUUAUGUUGCAUUAGUCUAUUUUGUUUACAAAAUUCCUUAUAUUUUUCUCUUUGUAUUUGAAUACUUUUCAACUUGCUAGGUGUCCUGUAUCCAUAGUGAUACAGAUCCUAUGGAAAAGAGAAGGAUCCUGUUUUCACAGUUCUAUUGGUACUUAAAAGUUGGUUGAAUUUAAAUUCAUUCUGUAACUAAAAUAUUUGAGAACUGAUUCUCAAAUGUUAAAGUAAAGACAACCUGUUAUAUAUCAAAGAUGGGGAAAAAAAUGUUUUGAGUUUAAAAUAACAAAAAUAUACCUAACAUUGUCAUUUGAUAAUGCAGAUGUCUCAGAAAAAAAAGAUGUGUAACAUUGGAGGUAUAUCUACAAGUUUCAAUUUGUUCAUCAUCAUUACUGUGUAUGCUAAAGGUUAAUGAAACUUCUUUAUACGCUGAAAUUUUUCCAGGAUAGUUUAUUGUAUUUAUCAGCGUAUUGAUUAAUGUACAACUGAAACAAGAAGUUUACCACCAAUAUUUAAGUGCCAUUAGGAAACUAAAAGAUGCAGUUUAUGCCCAUAUGAUGUGACUUAAGUAUGAGUUUUCAUUGACAAUUUUCCACUGGUAUACGUGAAAAGUGAUAGAAUUAGCUUGAUAUGAGGAUAUUAUCUAAGGCUUAGUGACUGAGAAUAUCUAAGGGGCUGAUAAAAUAAUUCAAUGUAUAUUGGAGAAAACAAGGGAGAGAGAGUAAUAAUAAAUGAAGUGAUUGUUUUUUUAAAUAUUCAGCUUUAAAUGUUCUCUCUGAUUUUCUGAGAAUAAGACAUGGGACUGUGAUAUGAGAGUUGCAAAAUUGAAGUUGAAUUUGAUUUUAUGUUCUUGACCAUUCUGGACAAAUAUUGUAGCUUACGUACAUUCCUAUUACUUGAUCAAGAGUAAUAUUGGUUAUUUGAUGAUAUACAAAUUAGUUUUGUAUAGUAUUCAUAUUGCAUUCUUGAACCAUUUUCUGCACAUUACUGGAGAGAAAGGUUCAGAGGUACUAAUAGUACUGUACUAUUAUGAUGAAAACUAGCUUGCUGACAGCACUUGUGUUCCUCUUGUCUUACUACAUGUGUAACGUAAAGAAUCAGGUGGCAUGAGUAUUUUUCAUUACAUGUAUCAUAUUAUGUUUUGUUCUCCCAAUUUUGUAUCGACAUUGACUGUCACUUAUUGGAAAUUCAGAUAAAAAUGAAUUUUUCUUCUCAAAAUUCUGCAAUUUAUAAUUUUCAACAAAACUGAAUUAGCUAAACCAUUCUUAUUUAAUUUUUAAUGAAAAUUUUUGGAAAACAUUUUGUAAUGGAUUCCGAAGCCCUCGUAUUGAAAAAGAUGAAUAUAGUGCCGGAAAGAUAUAGUUUCAACAGGACAUCAGGAUAGCUGCUUAUGAUUUUCAUCUAAUGUACAUCACUGUUUUUUUACACUGAUUGAUAACCAAAAUCAAUAUGUUGCUUUAGCCAAUAGAAACAACAGAAUGUGUUAUGAUGCUCUAGCAGAUACAAGUCAAUCUGGCAAUUUAUAUGUAAUAAGAUUCAAGCAUAUGAAGAAUUCAAAAUUACCCAAACACUGAGAUCCUCUUGGCUACUGGAUAACUGGAGUCCCUCUGUAAUAUGUGCAUAUAUUGUAUUACUGUACAGUAUACACAACUUUAUUUGGAUGACUUACAGGAAUCAAUGGUUAUUUAUGAAUUGGUUAUCAGUCUGCAGAAGUGGGUGCUAUUAAAUGAUACUUUUUUUAUUUUAUCAUGAUUUUUUUUACUGUAAUUGAUUUCAAGUAAUGGAAACUAGUAUGUAGUUAUGAUAGUUUAGUUUAAGGUAUUAGACAUUUACAUAUUCUACUCAUUUGUGCUGGUGUCUUAUUUCAUCAGUAUCAUUGACCUCAUCAGCAUGUCAUCUUGAUUUCAUCUCAUAAUUCUGCCACCAUCUUAUUGCUAUAGAGGAUUACCCUCUGGUGUAGUAAUGCAUAAAUGUUUCAGCCUAUUUUCUAUGCAAUUUUUUUCAUACUAUUAUAAGAUCUGAUAUUGAUCUACAGUAUGAUUAGACAUGAUAUUAUGUAGCUUCAAAUGCAUCAUGGUUGUGCAUAGCCAUCCAUGGUUUGUUUGAAUACAUAUACAUUUUAUCUACCUAUGUUCUUUAAGCAUCUCACCAGUAAUGUCAUACCUAUGCAUGAUGCAGUAUUUGAAGCUUCUGAACCUCACAAAGAUAUUGGUGAGUGAGAAAAAGAAAUGUGAGUCAUGGAAUACCUUUGACUUGGUUGUGUUAUGUUAUGUAGUGUUUUUAAAGAUUACACAGAUUGUCAACCUGAGGAUAGAGUGCCUGUAACAUAUGUAAAUAUUGACAUAUAUGGAAAUUUAUGAAUUAUGAAAUUGUAUGUUACAUAUGUGAGUGGAGUUUUGGCUUGAGCAUUAGCAUGCCAAAAGGGGAUUUGUAUUUUUUGGAAGAAAUGAACCAGUAAAUUAAGUGCUUUCAGAUAUAAAAAUGUAAAAAUGCCAA